AUCCACUUUCUCUUCCUCCCUACUCUCCUCACUCUUACUCUCAAUCAUAUUCAAAAUGCGUGCCUGGUCCACUCCCAUUCUCCGCCCUAUGGCCCCCUUCUUCAUCGGAGGCGCCAUCACCUUCUACAUCAUCAACGGUGCUCAGGAGACUAUGCUCAAGAGUACGUUUUCAUCUCAUUUUGUCGGCGUGUUUAUGUUUAUUCUACAUCUGUUCGGGAACCCGCGGAUGAAGCAAAAGCAGGAUGAACAGCCACGAAAAGGACUUCUUCACCAACAUCGCAGCACUGCGGUCGGUUCAGGAUCCUUUUUUUUUAUUCUUAUAACGUGGUUUUUUGAAUUUAGCUCUUUGAGUGUUAUAAUGCUUUUGGCUAUAUUGGACGAUCGCCUUGAACGACUUUUUUUCAGGAACACGAUCUCUCGAUGCCCUCAAUAUAUGCGGAUUUAUGAUCCAAUAUUAACGCGACUAUCAUUACUCACUGCGAUCUUGCUCGCUUUCCUCUGAACAAUUUUGCGUUACAUCUAUAGGCGAAACGUACAAGAACGAUCCUCGCAACCCCCACUGUAAGUGUGACAGUCUGCUUAGCCAUUCAAGCGCCAAUUACGAUACCAUCUGCGCAUAAAAGAACAACAAGCUAUUGUAGCUUUUUUUUUGCAUUGAAACAUC